AUGUUUCGGUGUUAUGGACGAAAACUGAGUCCCCAACUACGUGACAUUAUACACCGACUGGACUUUAUUGAAAAACAGAUUAUUGAUCUCAAGGCUUUUCGAGAUGCGGUUCAGGCGACGUUGCCAAGCGUUGCGACCGCUGCUGAUGCUCUAGCUAGGAAGCGCCAAGAAACAGCAAACCAAAUCAAUGUAGUGGCGAAGGAUCCUUUGACGUCCGAGGAGUUCGUAGAACUGAAUCAAUAUUAUGCCGUUCAAAUGGUUCAAACGUUAGCACUUCGUAAUAUGGUGCACAUAAGGACGCAUGAGGAUCUAUAUUCACACGCCCGAUUAAUUCACAGAGAGUAUCUUGUACGUGUUGCACAGCGGGCCCGCGCACUUAGUCAUGCAUGUGUGGGGUUGUCUCAGAUGCCUUCUAUUCAGGAACUACGCAGGUGGUAUGAGUGGAGUUUCCAUGAUGUGAGGAGUACGAAAGCUCCAGUCGAUGCUGAGGGCGCUCUGAAAUUUGAUACACUAGUUAGACGUCUUUUUUUGAGGCACUACAACGUGAGCGCACUUCUUAGCGAGGGCAUGCACGAACUUGGGGAGCGCCAAAGGUGGGAUGAACACUCUCACUCCGAUGACCUCCUUACCGAAACAUUUGACGAGCUUCAACGGUUCUUCGAUGAAUUUUGUAUGGGUCGUGUGAGGUUGCGUUUUCUCGUGGGAAAUUAUGUUCAGUUGUCGACGCAAAUUUUGCGGGUGGAACCACGGUACUCUGAGAAGCUUACAGCUCCCAUGUAUUUUGACCACGACCCCGAGAGCUUUGUUGGACAAAUAUGCCAACGAUGCUCAUUAAUAAAACUAGUAGAGUGCGCGAUACGUUCUGCAAGGGCGUCUUACAGUGAGUUGGGUAUUGAGCUCCGUGUAGCUGUAGAUCCUGAUGCAACGCUAUCUGGGAUUCCAUACAUUACGUAUGAUAUUUUAUCUGCGUUAAUUGACGAUGCCAUUCAGGCUAAUGUUCUACGGCAGGAAAAGUAUGGAAUACCAUUCACGCCAGUUGUGAUCACUAUUGCUCAACGCAAUGCCAAUGAGCAGUUUAGUGUCCGUGUUUCCGAUACUGCCGGCGGGAUGCCCCUUCAUCUUGCCCGACACGUGUUGAAAUAUUGGUUUGCGUACAAGUGCACGGAUGACAUGUUGAAACUCGCUAAAACAUGGACACAUAGUCCCAUACGUCUACCAUAUGCUUACUGUGCAGCCAAGGUUUUAGGGGGGGAUAUAUCAGUGGUUUCCAUUGAUGGUUAUGGCACCGACCGUUUUCUUCAUCUUCCGUCCGACGGGAUAGAGAGGGUUCGUUUUUAG